UGGUAUCGUUGGGUUUGGCAACCCUGGUGAGCUGUCGAUUACCUUUUCCUUUCUUUCCGGUCUCUGCCCCAUAGAAGACGCAAACAUGUUCAUGCCAAAGGCUCAUCGUGUCGCCAUUUAUGAGUACCUCUUCAAAGAGGGCGUCAUUGUGGCCAAAAAGGAUUUCCAUGCCCAGAAGCACCCCGAGCUGGAGACAAUUCCCAAUCUGCAUGUCAUCAAGGCUCUGCAGUCCCUGCAUUCUCGCGGUCUCGUCAAGGAGCAGUUCGCAUGGAGACAUUACUACUGGUAUCUGACCAACGAGGGUAUCGAGGAGCUCCGUAGCUACUUGCAUCUGCCACCCGAGAUUGUGCCCUCCACACUGAAGCGUCCCGCCCGCUCGGAGACAGUGCGUCCACGCCCAGCUGCUGGUGGCCCACGAGGUCUUGGCGAUGCCUCUAAGACCGGUGAGGACCGUUCGGCCUACAGACGUGCUCCCGGUGGCAGCGGCGUCGACAAGAAGGGUGAUGUCGGACCCGGUACUGGUGAAGUGGAAUUCCGUGGCGGUUUUGGACGUGGCUCGCGCAACUAAAUUUCUUUGCGCCAACCUUUUUUUUAUAUUAUAAAAAAAAAAUUGAAAAAGAGAAAUUAUAUUAAAUCACAGUAAAAGAAAAUGUUGAUGAAAAGGAGGAUUCCCCCAACAACAACAAAGUAAAAACGGAAAA